AUGUUGGGCACCUUCGACCAGUGCUGGGGUGCUCUUGUCAGGACUGAGAGGCGCCCGCCACCACGAGCUCCACGCUUUGGGUCGCCGUGGCCCUGCGAAGAAGAGGUGAGUCCCCGACAAUGGAUGGAACGCGCCGGCUUUGCGGUUUUCCUGCGCGCAGUUGGUGCCGUGGAGCGUGGUGUGGCCGUGCCCGGAACGCCUGAGGAGCUUCGACGCAUGUGCGGCGUUGUUGCCGUGCAGGAUGAUGGCUUUUGUGGGUUUUGGUGCUUGGCUUAUCUCCUUGGUAUGGACUUACCACGUACCCUUGAAAAGGUGACCAUGGAGUUGGAUUCUUGCCGACAUUUGGCAAGUCAUGCCCGAGCUCAGGGCCGACACCCAUCAGCAGAGGAUCGAGCGUGGGAGAGGUUGUGGAACAUCGCAGAUGCCAAACUACGCUGUUUGAGGUACCGGGGUUAUCACGUUGACCUGGUCUCAUGCGAGUUGCAACGGAGGGGGCUGCAGGACACCAACUGCUUCCUCACACACGCAGAACUCUCAUUGUUGUGUGCCCGCAUGUGCGGGAGCUGGACGCCUGUGGUGGAGGUUACGCCGGACUUUCAUGCGUCAGAAGAGACUGGAGACCACACCAUGCUUGCUCUUGCAGCUGAAGGAGUACCCACAUUGGAGGCCAUUCUCUGCGACAUGGCUCAGGAUUUCUUGUGCUGA